GGUGGUGGCAGAGGCUGUGUUUUCAUUAGUGUAAUGUCCAGAGAAGCUCCAGAAUUAUGUAAGAGUGACGUGCUGUCAUCCCCUCUCGGCCAGCCCACCGCCUGGCAGGAACGUGGCCGUUUGUUUUCCUUUUAUCCUCCCUCCUCUCAGAAAAGCCAAAAGGACAUCUGUCAGAGUCGGCGGCGGCUGUCGGGAGACUCGUAGUAGCCACGCCGUCGGGAGCCUCGCCGCUCCGGAAGUUCGGUCCGUGCUCCGUUGUCAUGGAGAAGCGCUGAGGCAAAAAGAGCGAACAAGUUUGUGGACGUCGGUGAAGCAGAAGGAGAUGAUUCGGAGAUGCUGAAUCUGCUCCUGGUGUUUGUCGUGAGAGAGUGGAGCUCCGUGUGACACUACUUAAGGAGAGCUAGAAGAUGAAGUUUAAGAAGUUUAUCACAAUCAUGCAGGCAGCGAUGGGGAUCGUACCCCUGAACAAGCGGGAGCUUCUGCCCCCCGGCAGGAAGCUGUGGAGACCCCCGGGGGACCAGCCUGGCUCUGACCAGACCAGCACUGACCUGCUCAAGUCCAGCCGCAAGUUCUACUGGUCCAGAGAAGCCCAGUACUUGUAUCUGCGCCGGCUUUCUUCACGGAGCUACUCGGCUAUUAUGAUGAACCCGGUCAUGGAGGAGACCGUGUGGGAGCAGUACACCGUGACCCUGCAGAGGGAUCCAAAGAUGGGCUUCGGCAUCGCGGUGUCAGGAGGGCGGGACAACCCCAACGAGGACAGCGGAGAAACGUCCAUCGUGGUGUCCGACGUCCUGCAGGGAGGUCCAGCUGACGGGUUGUUGUUCGAGAAUGACCGAGUGAUACAGGUGAACGCCAUCCCCAUGGAGGGAGCCAUGCACUCCUUCGCUGUCUCCACACUCAGAAAAUGUGGCAAAGUCGCAAAAAUUACAGUGAAGAGGCCCAGGAAGGUUCCAGUCAAUCUGCUGAACCGCCCACCGUCCCCCGACGACAGAGUCUUCAACAACGACUACAACGACGAAUACAACUACGAUCAGGACCGCCGCAGCGUCUACAGCGGCCGGAGCGGCGGCCGAGACCACAGCCUGGAGAGGGAGCGAGGAGGCGGCGGCUACAUGGACUCUGGCUACCAAACACGUGAGCGCGACUAUGACCGGGACUAUGACCGGCGGGAACGCGGCCGGAGCACGGAGCGAGACCUGAGCCCGGACCGGCAGUACCGCAGGGACGGCAGCCGAGGUCGCACUCUGGACCGAGAGCGAAGCCCCGACCGCCGCUACAAGAGCGACCACAUGCUGGACCGCGACUACAGCCCGGACAGGAGGUACCGCAGUGAGCGCGCCUUGGACCGAGACCACAGUCCGGAUCGGCGCUACCGCAGCGAGCGAGCCCUGGACCGGGAGUACAGCCCCGACAGACGCUACCGCAGCGAGCGAACGCUGGACCGGACCAACAGCCCCGACCUGCGCUACAGGCGAGACAGUCCGGGACGAAGCCACGGCCGCGACCGCAGCUUUGAACGGGGACGAGUCCACAGCGACCCGAGGAAGUACGAGGAGCCGAUGAAGAGAAGCGGCAGCAGGGACCGACUGGACCGAACGCCGUCACCCGCCGCUGCACCGAUUCCUCUUCCUCGACCCGUCAGAGACCUGGAGCCGCUGGAGAAACCUCUGAACGUGCUGCUGCUGAAGAACCGACCCAACGAAGAGUACGGCCUUCGUCUGGGCAGCCAGCUCUUCAUCAAAGAGAUGACCAGCACUGGACUUGCCAGCAGAGAUGGAAACCUGCAGGAAGGGGACAUCAUACUGAAGAUUAACGGCACGGCGACAGAAAACCUGUCCCUGACCGACGCUGGGAAGCUGAUCGAGAAGUCUCGCAGGAAGCUGCAGCUGGUGGUGCAGAGAGACCGGCGGCAGGUUCUGAUCCGAGUCCCGCCGAUGGUCGACAGCGACUCGGAGCUCGAUGAUAUCUCCGAGAUCGAGUCGUAUCGAUCCUACUCUCCACAGGACGACAGACGAGGACACCACUCCGACCUCUCCUCACACUCCUCCAAUGAAAGGCUCAGAGACAAACCCAGAGAGGACCCGCCGAACAGAAUGGCAAAAAUGGGCGCCAUGCCGACGCCGUUCAGAGGCACUGAUAGAGGCGUUGAGGACACGCCCCCUUCACAGGCAGAGAGGGAGGAGCCACGAUCAGAGACGCCACCAGCCGUCACCGUGGCGCCAAAGGUUCACGCUCCUCCUAAGGUGCCUCUAAAGCCGAGCAUAGAGGACCAGGAAGUAUACGGGCCGAACACGAUGAUGGUUCGCUUCCAGAAAGGCGACAGCGUCGGUCUGAGGCUGGCCGGAGGAAACGAUGUCGGCAUCUUCAUCGCCGGAGUUCAGGAGGACAGUGCAGCCGAGCAGGAGGGUCUGCACACCGGAGACCAGAUCAUGAAGGUGAACAACAUGGACUUCAGAGGGAUGGUGCGUGAAGAUGCCGUCCUCUACCUGCUGGAGAUCCCCAAAGGAGAAGAUGUGACCAUUCUGGCCCAGAGCAAACCUGAAGUGUACAAGGACAUUUUAGCUUCCGGCCGAGGCGACUCUUUCUUCAUCCGAACCCACUUUGAGUUUGAGAAAGAAGCUCCGCAGAGUCUUCCUUUCUCCAGAGGGGAGAUCUUCAAAGUGACCGACACACUUUACGACGGCAAACUGGGCAACUGGCUGGCGAUCCGCACCGACAAAGACAACCAGCUGCUGGAGAAAGGAAUCAUCCCCAACAAGAGCAGAGCAGAACAAAUGGCGAACGUCCAGAACGCUGCUCGGGCCGCAUCAGGCAACGACCGAGGAGACUUCUGGAGGCUCCGAGGUCAAAGAGCAGCCAAGAAAAAAGACCUUCGGAAGAGCCGAGAGGACCUGAGUGCCGCUCCGGUCACCACUCGGUUCCCCGCCUACGAGAGGGUGGUGUUACGAGAAGCUGGUUUUAAGAGGCCUGUGGUGAUAUUUGGGCCCAUUUCUGACGCAGUGAACGACAAACUGGCCAACGACAUUCCCAACGAUUUUGUCGUCGCCAAAACUGAACCCAAAGAUGCAGGAAGUGAGAAAUCCUCGGGAGUGGUGAGACUAAACACCAUCCGGCAAAUCAUCGAACAGGACCGUCACGCUCUGCUGGAUGUGACUCCUAAAGCCGUGGACACCCUGAACUACACCCAGUGGUACCCCAUCGUCAUCUUCCUCAACCCCGACAGCAAGCAGGGCGUCAAGACCAUGAGGAGCCGCCUGAUGCCCGGAUCCAACCGCAGCGCCAGGAAGCUGUACGAGCAGGCGGUGAAGCUGAGGAAGACCUGCUCACAUCUGUUCACUGCGACCAUCGACCUGAACUCGGCCAAUGACGCCUGGUACGGCAGCGUGAAAGAUUCGAUUCGGGAGCAGCAGGACCGAGCUGUGUGGGUCUGUGAGGGCAAGUUGGACGGUUCGGAGGAAGACCUGGAUCUCCAUGACGACCGCAUGUCCUACCUGUCAGCGAUGAGCGCCGACUACCUGAGCAUGGACAGCCGUCUGACCAGCGACUACGACGACACGGCGGACGAGGGCGGAGCUUACACGGACAACGAGCUGGACGAGGCGCUGGACGAACCUCAGCCUGUUUCAGCCAUCAGCCGGUCAUCAGAGCCGGUUCUACCAGACGAUAGGCCUCAGCCUGAACCUCGGGGUCGUAUGAGGAGGGCAGGCAGCAGAGAGAUGCUGCACAGAGAACCCAGUCCUCCCCCUUCGUUUGUCCCUGAACCCCCAAAGGUUCGUGCUCAGACUCGUACCGACUCGACGCGAAGCUACGAGUCGCACUCGAGCAGCACCGUCAGCAGCGACGCAGCCGGAAACAAACCGCCGCCUCCACCGGUGGCCAUGAAGCCAAACAUCGCUCGACUGAACCAGUCAUCAGAGGAGCAGAGUCCAGGGAAGGAGGAGGACGAGGAUCCGGCCAACAAGUCCUUCCUGGGAAAGAAAACGAGUGACCAGAUUAAAGCGUUUGAGAAGAUGGACCAUCUGGCCCGAGCUCAGAGGCUCCUGGAGCUGCAGGAGGCUGAAAAUGCUCGACUGGAAAUCGCCCAGAAGCAUCCCGACAUUUACGCCAUCCCAGUGAAGCUGCCAAAACCCAACCUCAACCGUCCUCAGCCAAUAGGUUCCAGCUCCAACCCGGAGCCUCAGACUCCGUCCAGACCUUCGUACUCGGAGUCGAGGGGCCACGAGGACGACGAGGCCGAGUACCGGCGGCAGCUGGCCGACCAGACCAAGAGAGGAUACUACAACCCCCAGAAGUACAAGGACACCGAGCUGUAGGCCGGGAAAACAGGGAGCUGCGCCGUCUGUUGCCACGGUAACGGCUUCAGCAGCUUCACCUUGACACUCAGAACUCCUCUAUCUGUUCCCAUCUGUGGAUCUGGGCCACAAACACACAGAAACCACCUGUCCUGAACAAAGAGAAACUUCUUCACACACCUGAUGUUUCAGUGUAAAUAUUCUAUUUGUGUCUGAGUGAGCUUUGAUUUUCCUCCAUUCCAUCCAACUUUAGUUUCUGCCUCUUAUAGCAACAUUACGGUCGGUCAAAGAGCCUUUUUUGUAAAAAUAAAUACUUAUUUUUGCAGAUAUGUCCAGAAUCUAUACAGACUUUUCUAACCAUUUGGAUAAAAAUAACUAGUUGUAAGUAGUUUUAGUUUCCUCUCCAGGCAGCUCAGGAUGACACGUUUACUUAAUUAGGUUGUAGACAGAAUAAAUGUAAAGAAUUAUGUAUAGAAACAAGUAAGAUGAGACGUUUAGAAGCCGUCAGAUCAACAGAAAACAGUGCAUGUCUGAAAGAAUCAUAAUAAUAACCAAGGAGAAAAUAUCCAAAUCCAGUCCAGCUGUUAUAUACAAUCAAUGUUUGUUCAACAUCAUGGAUUUUCACAGUUUCAGAGGUGUUUCAUUUUCUAAAAAACUGAUUUUCUCCUCUGUUUCUAGACUGUAAUGUUUAAUAAAUGAGAGGCAGAAACUGAAAACCUAUCAGUGCAGAUACUGUAGCCUCUACAGUAUCUGCACUGAUAGGUUUUUAUAAAAGUUGGUUUCCGUGCGUCAAGAACCAUGUAAAACAGUGUGUCAGUGUGUUUCAGACAGGUGCAUUCUGGGAAGCAGCCGCGGAUCUUCAAGUGCCUUGUAGCUUCUAUAUAUAUAAAAACGUCUGAAGCUGUUAAAAAAUUAGAAGCCGGGUGCAAAACAUGGUGUGUUUUUUGUAAAAUAGACCGAACAGGAGAACUUUCUGACUAAAGUUACAGGAUACAAGCUGUGGAUUUAUGCUGGAAACUUCCUACUGUGUUGUUUCUUUCCUUUUUUUUUUGCCUACUUUGUUGAUGCAGAAGAGUCUCGCCUUCACAAGAGAGAACAUCUAUGUCUUAUAUUUACAAAGUUAAAAGAUCACAGAAAUGUUCUUUUAUGUUUUUGGUGAAUGCUGUAUUUUCCCAGUCAGCUGGAACAAACCGACCUGUAAAAGAAAGUUUAUCAAGAACCGGUGAAAUGUUUGUCUUCUUCAGCAGCAGCUCGCUAACAGAGACAAUCACCUUUUUGUUGUUUUUAUAUCGAAUUUCCGCCCGACUCCGUCACGUCUUUGUACACAACAAGUUCUGGGAAAAGUGGUGACAAUCAUGUUAUCAGUCUGAAAACCUGUUUUAGUUUGUGAUUCUCUUUUUUUUUUAGUUUGUCGUCUCCUGAGUGUUACACACAGACUCUUGGGAAAAUCCUAUGAAAUAAAUCUCUUUUUUUUACACUGUG